AGAGCCCAACAGAGGGGUCCCACAGAGGGACCCAGGAGGUGACAGUCAGCUGUCUGUCCUCCAGUGGGUGCUAAGAGGUUCCACGUGUGGGGAGGAGGGAGCAGAUGUGUGUGUCAGCUGUUUGUGAAUUCCAGUGUGGAUGUGCAACUCUGCCAUCUGGGUGAGAGAGUGUUAAUUAAACAGGGAGCGGGCACUCAAUAAAUAUUUAUUCAAAGGAACCGAUCAUCUGUAGGGAGUGUAUGACUGUGUGUGUCCAGCGGGACCAUGGAAGCCCCCCGGGGCUGGCUGGUGAUCAGCGUGCUGGCCAUCUCCCUGGCCUCCUCCACGACCCAGGACGUGUGCCGAGCCCCGGCCGGGAUUGAUGGGAAUGCAGGGAUACCUGGCCGACCCGGACGGCCAGGCCUCAAGGGGGAGCGAGGAGAGCCGGGGGCCCCUGCCAUCCAGACGGGCAUCCGUGGCCUUAAAGGAGACCAGGGCGACCCUGGACCACCUGGAAAUCCAGGCAGAAUGGGCUACCCAGGACCCGCUGGUCCCAUGGGGUCCCCUGGCCUCCCGGGGUUGAAGGGCACCAAAGGGAACCCCGGAAACAUCAAGGACCAGCCGCGGCCAGCCUUCUCGGCCGUGAGACCGAACCCUCUGACGAGAGACAACGUGGUCAUCUUCGGAGAGGUCAUCACCAACCAGGAGAAUGUGUACCAGAACAACACGGGCAGGUUCCACUGCUCUGUCCCAGGCUACUACUAUUUCACCUUCCAGGUGGUGUCCAAGUGGGACCUCUGCCUGUCCAUCAGGUCUUCUCGGAGGGGCCAGAUCCAGCCCUUGGGCUUCUGUGACUUCAACAGUAAGGGAUUCUUGCAGGUGGUGUCUGGAAGCACGGUGCUGCAUCUCCAGCAGGGAGACCAGGUCUGGAUUGAAAAAGAUGCCAGUAAGGGCCGCAUUUACCACGGCCCAGAGGCCGAUAGCAUCUUCAGUGGCUUCCUCAUCUUCCCAUCCACUUGAGCAGGGAAGACCCCCGCCCCUGGUCCCCACCGUGGCCACUGCAUCCAGCUGUGUGACCCUGGGCCACUCACUCCAGCUCUCUGGCCAUCUCUGCUCUGCCCUAUCGAGUGGGUGUUCUGUUGCUUUAGCUGCCUGAACGGAGAUCAUGUCUUAGAACUCUUCCUGGAAUAAAUAUCUGAAUCCACA